CUGGGGCGGAGGUUCCAGGAGGGGCGUCAUCGGUCCGCAGGCUGCCUUGGCUCCUUCUGGGAGAGGCUACCUGGGGCCAGUAUCCUGUGUUUUCACACCCUGAGUUUCCUCAAGGCUCACUGUGGGGAGUGGCUGAAGUCUGAUGUCUGCUAGAUGGCAGCUCCAUCUUUGGAUCCUGCCCAUCCCCUGGGAAGGACACCACAGGAAGGAAGGAGAAGGCAAUGGCUGCUGGGCCUCCACUUUUGGGAGUUCAGGAAUUUAUAGUUUCAGGAUUCAAGGAUGUGUCUGUGGACUUCACCUGGCAGGAGUGGGUCCAUCUAGAUUCUUCUCAGAGGAACCUGUAUGGGAAAGUGAUGCUGAGAAACUAUAGGACUUCACUGGGACAUCAGCUUUCCAAACCAAAUGUGAUUUCUCAGCUGGAUUGAGAACUGAACCUGAUGACAAAAGAACAUUCUGGGCGCAUCUCCCCAGACUGGAAGACCAAGACUUGAAACAAAAGAGUCAACUACGAAGCCCAAGUUACUGAAGAUUUAUCUUAUGGGGUAAUAAUGGAAAGGGAAGGUCUCUGGCAUUCUUCUUUACGGGAAACCUGGGAACCUGAUAAUUGGUUAGAGGGGCAACAGGAAAACCAGGAUAGACAUCUGGGCCAAGUGCACAUUACCCAUAAGGAAACCCUCACUGAGCGAAGGACAUGUGGAGGUAAUGAACUUGAAAGAUGUUCCAGUCAGGGUUCAAUCAUUGACAUACAACAAACUAUUCCUGUGGGAAAAAGUCCUCACAAUUGGAAUUCACAUGGAAAAGACAGUAAACAAAAUGCUGAAUUAAUUAAAAGUCAAAGAAUGUUUGCAGGAGAGAAAGUCUAUGAAUGUAAUGAGUGUGGGAAAACCUUCAGCCAGAGUUCAUCUCUUCUUAAGCACCAGAGAAUUCAUACGGGGGAGAAACCCUAUAAGUGUAAUGUAUGUGAGAAACACUUCAUUGAACGUUCCUCACUUACUGUACAUCAAAGAAUUCACACUGGAGAGAAACCCUACAAAUGUAAUGAAUGUGGGAAAACCUUCAGUCAGAGCAUGAACCUUACUGUUCAUCAAAGAACUCAUACUGGAGAGAAACCAUAUCAAUGUAAAGAGUGUGGAAAAGCUUUCCGCAAGAAUUCAUCCCUUAUUCAACAUGAAAGGAUUCAUACUGGAGAGAAACCCUACAAAUGUAAUGAAUGUGGUAAAGCUUUUACCCAAAGUAUGAAUCUCACAGUGCAUCAAAGAACUCAUACAGGAGAAAAACCCUAUGAAUGUAAUGAAUGUGGAAAAGCCUUCAGUCAAAGUAUGCAUCUUACUGUACAUCAGAGAAGUCAUACUGGAGAAAAACCCUAUGAGUGUAGUGAAUGUGGAAAAGCCUUUAGUAAGAGCUCAGCUCUUACCCUGCAUCAGCGAAAUCAUACUGGAGAAAAACCCUACAAAUGUAACAAAUGUGGGAAAUCAUUUAGCCAAAGUACAUACCUUAUAGAGCAUCAGAGACUUCAUUCUGGAGUAAAACCUUUUGAAUGUAAUCAGUGUGGGAAAGCUUUCAGUAAGAAUUCAUCUCUUACUCAACAUCGGAGAAUUCAUACUGGAGAGAAACCUUAUGAGUGUAUGGUAUGUGGAAAACAUUUCACUGGGCGAUCAUCCCUUACUGUACAUCAGGUUAUUCAUACUGGAGAGAAGCCUUAUGAAUGCAGUGAAUGUGGAAAGGCCUUCAGCCAGAGUGCAUACCUUAUUGAGCAUCAAAGAAUUCAUACUGGUGAGAAGCCCUAUGAAUGUGAUCAGUGUGGAAAAGCCUUCAUUAAGAAUUCAUCCCUUAUAGUGCACCAGAGAACUCAUACAGGAGAGAAACCCUAUCAGUGUAACGAAUGUGGAAAAGCCUUCAGUCGGAGUACAAAUCUUACACGGCAUCAGAGAACUCAUACGUGAGGAAAACAUGGGACCCUUCAUCAUGAUUAACUCUUCAGUGGUAAUCAGAUAAGUCUUGUAAUAUAGAAACCUAAUAAAUGUAAUGAUUCCAGUAAUUUUUUAGUUGAAGUAUAAUAUACCAUGUCAGAAAAUACAGACCACUGCAGAGAAACCACAUAAAAGUGGAGAGAAAUCUUGAUUCAGAAAGUAAAACUUACUUUAUACCAGAAGGUUUAAAUAACUAAUGUUCUAAGCAGUGAGGAUUCAUGCUGAAGAUAAGUUCUAUUGUAUUAUACUGCAGAUUCUCCUUUGGACAUCAGAGACUUCACACUGGAGAGAAAAUGUGAGAGUGCUUAACUGGACAGCCCAAAGACCUGGUAUGUAGUCCUGAUCUGCUACUAACUUGGACAAGGCACUUACUUUCACCAGGUCCCAGUGUCCUGAUUUGGUAAAUGAGGGAUUUUUAGAUUUAGAAGGCUCCAAGAGUGCUAUAAGCUCUAAAAUGCUACAAUCCCAUAAAUAUAAUGAAUGCUUGAAAAUCCUUGAUUUUUCACCAUCUUAUAUAUGUUUUCUAGAUGCUCCUAUGUCAAAAUUUUGUACCUCUACCAACUUCUAUGAUCAUUCCAUGUCCUCCCCUACACCCUUUUAUUUUCUCCUCUGAAAUAUUGGCUGGUUGCUACCAGAUGACAGAAUAAUUGUACAGAUCUGAAUACAAUAGCAUGCUGUUUUAAUUCUCCACUAACAGUCAUUAAACUAUUGUUAAUAAGCUAAUUAUUUAGAAAACAAUAUAACAAAUAUAGUCUUAGAGUACAUAGGAUUCAAACACAUCUUUGGAUUGUACUCUUAACUAUCAAAGUGGAAAGGAGAGGAAGCUAAACACUGACAGACAUGAAAAUCUGUUAAUAUUAAUCUGUUAUUAAUGAAAAUUUUGUUAUUAACAAAAUCUUUGCAACUUAUAUUCAAAACAGUCAUAGGGAGAGAUUUUAUAGAUCUGUAGUUAUGAGACUAGUUAAAGCAAUUUCACUUGUAGGUGAUAAAUAUGAUUAGGAAAUCAAACUGAAAAAGACAGUCUUUGUUUUCCUAGGGCUAAACUAAGAAACUAGCAGUGGGAUGGGAGAGAAAAGGAAGAAUUCAAGCAAUGAUAAGGCAGAAUCUAGGUAAUCAAUUAAGUGUGAGCACUCAGAUUUAUUUAGGUGGAUGGCUGCCAUAAUUAACACAAAAAGUUGACUAACUUUGUGGGGCAAUGAUGAGUUUGGUCUGGGGGCAUUUUAUGAGUGAGCGGUAUCCAAAUGAAGAUUCCUGAUAGGCAGUUGAAUAAGUAGAAGGGUGGUGACAAAAGGGUAUUCUGGGAGUACUGUCUUUAAAUGCAGUAAGUGGAAGGCUAAACUAAGGAGCUUCACUGGUAGCUCAGCUGCUAAAGAAUCUGCCUGCAAUGAGGGAAACUUGAGUUUAAUCUCUGGGUUGGAAAGAUCCCCUGGAGGAGGGCAUGACAACCCACUUCAGUAUUCUUGCCUGGAGAAUCCCCAUGGACUGAGGAGCCUCGUGGGCUAUAUAGUCCAUGGGGUCAUAAAGAGUCAGACAUGACUUAGCACACACAAGUGGGAGAUGUCAAAUUAGUAAAAUCUGAGGAGAAAAAACAGGCAAAAAAAAAGAAAUGAAAAACAGAAAAAUCAGAAGGUGGUGGCAUAGAAGUAAAAGAAUUUUAGCAUAGAGAUAGAUUUUCAAAUGCUACAAUAAGGUAAAAAUAGAAAAUGGCCUUUGGUUUUUUUAUAAUCUCUGUAACUUUUAGUGUGUUGAAGAGUGAGUUAAAGGUUGAAAAGGACUUAAUAGCUUGAUUGACAAAGGAGAGAUUUAGGAAGGGUAACUAGAGGGAGACUGGUUGAGAGAGGGAAAGCUUUUGGCUGCAAAUAACAGAAAGCCCAAAUAACAAUGGCUUGCAAGCAAACAGGGAUUUAUUUUUCUCCCAUAACUAAUCUGGAGGUGGUUGGCAUUGUUCCAAAGGCAAAAUAAUUCAGUGCCUUGAGUGUUAUGACUUUUCAUCAUGUCACAGGACAGGACGGCUCCCAUAGUUCACGUAAAGUAUCUGCAUUCAAAGCAGGAAGAAAGGGGGUUGGUAACACUAGCAACAUCUGUGCCUUUUAUCAGAAAAGGUUUUCCCAGAAGCCCUCAGCAGACUUCUGAUUACAUCUCAUUGACCAUAGCUGCUGUGUUGCAUGGAGGCUAGGAGCAAAGGAGUCUGAAAGAAAAAAUUUAGCUCUUCCAGCCUCUAUAGUGGAGUUUAGGCAAGCAAAGGGGGGAUUGAGAAAGGUGUUGAUUUAGCCAACAAAUAAUCUGCCAGGAGCAUUUGUAUGAUUUAAGGCAGAAGAAUUGAGCGUGUUUAUCACUGCAUGGGAGAGUCUGAAAGUGAAGAGAGGAGGGAACGUGCAGUUCAAAGUGGGGAAAUCAGAUCUAGGGCAGAGGCAGAGGCCACAGGGAUCUUUUUCAACAGGAGGAAGGAAACUUUCCACUGGGAGAGGGGUGAUCAAGAAACAAUGGGUACAGAAGAUAUUUCUGGAUAGCAAUGGAGGAGGUUUCCCAUGGAUUCUUGAGUGUUUAGAACUACAGCAUUUUGAUCUCUGUGGGCUACAGGACCUCUACAGAGUUUAAAAAAAAAAAGGCAAGGACUAAGGGAAUGAAACACUGAAUUAAUUAUAACCUCAGAAACUUAGAUUUUAAAUGUCUCUCCCUUACACCAGCUUCUUCCUUUCCCUUCAUAUAUUUGUUUUUCUUGUUCCCCACCUGAUCUCAAGAGAUAGAAAUGAAGGGGAAGAAGGAAGCAGAGAGAUAGGCAGAAAAUAGAUGAAAAAUGAAAAAGUAGCAAAAUUAAAGGCUCAAAGGGAGGCAGAGGACAAGGAGGAGAGGAGUAUGUACUGAAGCCUAUAAGAUGGAUGUGAUAACCCAAAAUUGGUAAAAUAUUAACCCUUAGAGGGGCAGCAGGAGAAAUGGGUCAAAUAAAUGAAGGUUUCACUUUUUCAGGAGUUUUGGAAGCUUUGGGUCCUCAUAUGUCAGUGCUCAGCCAUCCUGGGCAACAAGGAGAGGAAACUUCUGCACCUUUCUUCUACCAGCAGGGGCAGGAUUCCUGGUCCCUAGACAUGAGACCUUGGACAAGGCAUUUAAUAUAUCGCUAUCUGUUUUCUUAUUUGUUAACAGUGCAGACCUUAUAGCUUUGGAUUACAUUCAGUACUAAUGUAAAAUGCUUAGUGCCCAACGCGUACUUAGUGCUAAAUAAAUAUUCUAUUAUCAUUUUCAUAUAUAUGAACAACAUCCAAACUUAUUAGCAUGGCAUCCAGAGCCCUUAAUUAUCUCAAGUAUCUUGGGCUGUCAAAGCAAAUGCCUUGUAGGAAGGUUAUAUAAUUGUAGGAGGCUCUCUCCUCCUUCUAUUACCCCACUGCUGUAAGAGCCUCCUAAACUGCUUUCCCUGUAUUAGCUCUAGCCCUACCACAGCCUUUUCUCCCCAAAGCAGACCAGUGAUUCUGUCAAAAUGUAUUCAGCCACACCACUCUUUGCUCAAACCCCUUUGAUGGUUUCCUAUAACAUGAAGAACAAUCCAAACUUUUUACCAUGGCCUUCAAGCCCUCUAGUCCCUUCUAAUCUCCUCUCCCACUCUCCCUUGUUGACUGUGUCCUCUCCUCUCAUAGUGGCCUUGUUAAACCACAGACUCACCAAGCACGCUUCCAUCUCUGGUCAGCAUUUCUGUUCUCUUCGCAAAUAUUCACAUGUUUUCCUUCCUUACUUCCUUCAGAUCUCUGCUCAAAUGUUACCUCCUCAAAGAGAACUCCAAAUGCUACUUAAAAUAAUCCCCACUUCCCCACCCAGUCGCACUCUAAACCUGACAGCCUAAGUGUGUCAUCAGUUCAGUUGCCCAGUAGUGACUGACUCUGAGACCCCAGGGACUGCAGCACGCCAGCCUUCCCUGUCCAUCACCAACUCCUGGGGCUUGCUCAAACUCAUGUCCAUCGAGUCGGUGAUGCCAUCCAACCAUCUCAUCCUCUGUCGUCCCCUUCUCCUGCCUUCAAUCUUUCCCAGCAUCAGGGUCUUUUCCAAUGAGUGAGUUCUCUGCAUCAGGUGGCCAAAGUAUUGGAGCUUCGGCUUCAGCAUCAGUCCUUCGGUGUAUCAUCACUACCUAAUAAAAUAUUUUGUUUACUGA